AUGGGUCUUUCAAUCUCCAAACUACUUUCCGGUUUAUUUGGAAAGAAGGAGAUGCGCAUUCUGAUGGUUGGUUUGGAUGCUGCUGGUAAAACCACCAUCUUGUACAAACUUAAACUCGGCGAAAUUGUUACAACCAUUCCUACUAUUGGUUUUAACGUUGAAACCGUAGAAUAUAAAAACAUUUCUUUUACGGUUUGGGACGUAGGUGGUCAAGAUAAGAUCAGACCAUUAUGGCGCCAUUAUUUCCAAAAUACUCAGGGUAUCAUUUUUGUGGUUGAUUCAAAUGAUCGUGAACGUAUUUCAGAAGCUAGGGAGGAACUUCAGCGUAUGUUAAAUGAAGACGAAUUGCGUGAUGCUCUUCUUUUGGUGUUUGCCAACAAACAAGAUUUGCCAAAUGCCAUGAAUGCUGCGGAAAUUACCGAUAAACUCGGACUUCAUUCUCUUCGACAGCGUCAUUGGUACAUUCAAGCCACGUGCGCUACGAGUGGGGAUGGACUUUAUGAAGGUUUAGAAUGGUUGAGCACCAAUUUGAAACGAAAAGUUUAA